GCGCAGUGAGAUUGCAGAAACUUCAAAGUGAAACGAUCUCUCCAUUACAUCGCCGUCUUCAAGGAAAACGUUUGACAAUUAAAACAUUUCAGUCGUUGAUUGAGUAACAAUAUGUACGCUAAUCCAAACUCCAUUAUCAAUCCUUCAUUGUGGCCUAACGGUCCUGCACCGGGAUGCUUUUUUAACUUUCCUGGAACCGGUGUCACCCCUACCACAUCCAAUGGAGGCAUCAUCACACGAACUCAAUCACCAGUGACAACAGGUACUUCAAUCCUUGGUCUGAUAUUUGAUGGUGGUGUCAUGCUGGCUGGUGAUAUGUUGGGAUCUUAUGGCAGUAUGGCAAAGUUUCGAUCAAUUGAAAGGAUCAUCAAGGUGAACAACUCUACUGUGCUUGGAGCUACUGGAGAUAUUGCUGAUUUCCAGCAUUUGCAAUCCAUCAUUGAACAGAAAGUGAUUGAUGAAGAUUGUGCUGAUGAUGGUUUCACGUUGAAGCCAAAGGCUCUGCACACCUGGUUGACCAGAGUGCUCUACAAUAGACGAUCAAAAUUUGACCCACUUUGGAACACAUUUCUGGUGGCAGGUAUUGAGGAUGGCGAGCCGUAUUUGGGCUGUGUAGACAAGAUCGGCACCGCUUUCAGUGACUCCAAGAUUGCUACCGGGUAUGGAGCUCAUAUUGCUCUGCCUCUGAUGCGUGAGGGCUUGGAAAAGAAACCGCAAAUGACACAAGAAGAAGCUCGCGCCUUGCUCAUCAACUGUCUUAGAGUCCUAUUCUAUCGCGACUGUCGAGCUUUGAAUAAGCAUCAAAUCGCUACCAUAACGAAGGAAGGAGUGACCAUUGAAAACAACAUUGAAUUGGACACUAACUGGGAGGUAGCCAAUUUUGUUGUUGGCUACGAGUAAGAGUAUACUUUUUAUUUCAUUCAAAAAGCAAAAACGUGUAUUUCUCACGCCUGUGUACCAAUAAAAUGGGUGUCUUUUGGAAGUAUAAAAAAAA